CAGGUGGGACGGAGAUUUCCUUCCUCGUCUUUCCUCCGCCGCCCUCCGCGUUCGGCGCAAACCCCCUCCGUGCCCACCUCCGCGCGCGCCGGCCGCCCGUCCCGUCGACUGCCUACACGCAGGCAGCGAGCUCCUGCCCGGCCGCCUCCCGCCCACGUCUGCGCGCGCCGCGAGCUCCCAAGUCGAAGCGGGGAUGGCUCUGGCCAGAUUGGCGUCCUUCAUCCUCCUCGCCGCGGCGGGGUUCGCGGCGGCGACGCGGUCGCCGUCGGCCUUCGUGCAGAACGCCAUCUACUCCAACCGCAUCACCAUCUUCUCGAAAACCUACUGCCCGUACUCUAUCCGUGCUAAGCGCAUAUUUCAAGAUCUCAAGGAAGAUCCAUAUAUUGUUGAACUAGAUCUCCGAGAGGAUGGGCGUGACAUUCAAAGUGUUCUCCUGGACCUAGUUGGGCGCCAUACUGUGCCACAGGUGUUUGUGAAUGGCCAGCAUGUUGGUGGCUCAGAUGAUACAGUAAAUGCUCUUUCAAAUGGACAGCUUGAGAAACUCCUUGGUAAGAGUCAGUCACAGUGAUUGGUCUCCCGACAGGCUCGCACUGUCAAGAACACGUUAGUGACUCACAUUUAUGUACGGGAGGUAUAUGUACUUGAGGGGUUUUCUUCUCUGUAUAGGACCGCACAGAAUGUUGUAGCUCAUAUAAUAUGUCAAAUGUUUUUUUGGCGGUAUGGUAGUGUUGUGACAACAAUCUGUAUGUACUUGAUAUGUGUGAUCUGCUCAAUUACAUAUACAUUGUACAAUCUUUUCUACUUCCCCUUCUUUUUUCUAUGAAUGGAAUUUGGUUGGUUUACCUUCA